AUUUAACGUGUUAUCUGGAAUACCACUGUCUAUUGUCAAAUUGUCUAUACUCUACAUUUUAUGAAGCGAAUGUGUUCGCUGCCAUUUUCUAAUCGUAGAUCCAUAUUUCUGAGUUAAACGUAUUUUUAAAUAAUUACAAGUAAAAUGCCUGAAAUGAUCAAAUCACCCAGCGACAUCAAAACUGCACCUUUUGAUCCGCGCUUCCCAAACCAGAAUCAGACAAGGCACUGCUACCAGAGCUACCUGGACUUCCACCGGUGCCAGAAGGUCCGCGGCGAAAAAUACGAACCCUGCAACUACUUCAUGCGUGUGUACAAAUCACUCUGCCCCAAUGAAUGGGUUGAUAAAUGGGACACCCAGCGCUCCGAGGGCACGUUCCCCGGCAGGAUCUAGAGGGUGCUGGCUUAGCUAUGUUUAUUUAUAAUUCUUAUUUCAGAUAGACGUGAUAUAGAUUAAAUGAGUUACAUUUAA